CGAUCGGUCUUCCACAUCCACCCUCUUAUCCACGUUCCACAUUCCAUCCAUCUGUCUACGACAUUAUACAUCUCAAGUGGAUCGCGUGAUUGAGAUCGAGCCUACCAAGAACCUGACAGUGUGGGUAAGCAAUCCCGCAUUCCAGUCAGUCUCAAUUAAUUCAACUAUCUAUCAAUCAACCAACCUAUCGAUCUCUUCACCAAUCUACAUAUUCUUUCACACGUUCAUCAUUCGUCCAUCAAUCGAUCUAUAGGACCUCGAUUCUAACCAAGACGUAGAGUGUUUGUCGAGAGCAUCCCGCUCUUGACAGCCACAGCCAUCACCACAGCCGCCAACAAUGCCUCCAGUCCAGACUGCCGGCGACUUCCCCGGCAUCUCCAUCCUCGAAACCCUCAGCACAACAACCGAUUCCCCUGACCGUGCUCUAUCAACCAACCUGCACCCCCGAACCGGAAACCACAAUGCUCUCCACCUCUUACACGCUCGCGACACGCAGUAUGUUCCCGGCACCGGUACCGUCGAGGCCCACAACAUCAACAUGAAAGGCCUGAUGGCGCUCUUCGCCAUCAUCGGCGCCGCCUUCGUGCUCGCGACGAUCUGGUUCUUCUUCUGGGCGAAGAAUGGCGGCUUCGUCUGGCGCAAGGGCGACUGGGAGGAGUACAAAUCGACCGUGCUCCGGCGCAAGGGCCCAGACGGCCGUACCCUGAGUAAUGCGACCAAGAGCACGAAGCUCGGGGGCGGCAGCAUCGUGCACAAGGGCUACAGCGACGACGGCUACACCUACACGGAAACGGCGACGACCAUCACCGAGAAGACCGGCGCUCCCGGUGGGGAGGAGCGCAAGCGCCGGCGCAAGCUCAGGGAGAAGUUCCGGCGCCGGCGCAAGGACGACGAGAUGACCACCAACUGGGAGAAUGAGGUCGACGAGGAUGUGGCCGCGUAUCGGAAGGAGAAGCCCGCACGCAUCGGCGGCAUGAACCGCGAAGGCGACGGGACGACCUACUACGAUGGCAGUGACUACGAUCUAUCGAACCCGCCCAGUUACUGGCAGGAGCAGCAGAGCUCGGUCAGUCAGGUGCGGGACUAUGCGUACGACCCGGUGGUCGAGCGGCGCCAGAGCAAGCGACGCGAUUUUUCGUUUGUGGCGGGCAGCGAGGAGCUCUUGAGCCAGGCAGACGAGCACCACCACCGCGCCGUCCGGGAGCCGUCGGCCAGGAGGCAUAACCGGAGACGGGAGCGUCGGAGAACCGCCCCCGCCGACGGCAGCACCAGCAGCCCGUCCCGCUCGUCUAGGCAGAGUAGCCCGCGCAAGCGCGACAGACCCUCCGUGACGGGCCACUACACCGAACCCUUGGAUUUCACCUCUUCGGCACCUUCCCGCUCCGAGUAUCAGUAUUCGAACGUCGACACCGAGGACUCAGGCACCAAGAGCUACCACCACCCCAUCCCGGGAUUGAGCAAGGGCUACCGUCGUGAAGGCGGCCGGGGUCGUCGCCGCGAUAGUCUGAGCGAUAGUGACGGAGAGGAGACUCGUUACUCGAGACGACGUUAAUGCGGCCGGAAGGCUUUAGUCGACACACUCAUUCCUCCUCACUCAAGUUAUGAUAUGUGGUUGUAUGCGAGUCUGUAAAUAAUGGGUUUGGCUUCUGUUUUUGUGUUUUCUUCUUUGGCCUUGUUUUCUUCGCUUCAACUGGAAAUGAUAACACGGGAUCAUGAUUGAAUGGGAUGGGAGCUAUGGACGAGAUUUGCAGGAUCAACGCACACGAACGCACAUGUUGCUGCAUUCCGCGCGUGCCAGGAGUCCGUUCGGGAUAUUAACGUGGAUUUGGACAUGGACAUGGAACUGCGGGAUCAGAUUUAGUAUCACUCAUAC